AUGUGGCAGGUGCUCCGCCGCAUUGGCGUUGAGCCCCGGUUCAUUAACCGUUGCCAGGAAAUCUAUCAUGAGUCGUCCUUUGUGGUAGUGAAUUCGAAGGAGGGUGCGACUGACCCAGUGAGGCAGGAGGUGGGUGUUUACCAAGCGUGCCCCUCGAGCCCACUCCUAUUCAUCGCUGCACUGGUCCCACUUGUUCGACGCUUGGAACAGCUGGAGGAUGUCGGUCUGUCCCUGGCGGAUGGUGUACGGCUGUGCACCACCGCCUGUGCUGAUGACAUUAAAGUUUUCAGCAAUAGCGCUGCCGGCAUCCGGAGAUGCCAUGGUGUGGUCAAGCGCUUCCUCGCAUGGACAGGGUUGCGUGCCAACACGGCUAAGUGUGCUAGCCUUGCGGUGACCAUCAAAGCCCGUGGCAACACGGCUCGUGACGAUAGCGUGCGCUUGGAGCUACGUGGUGAUGUCAUCGCCCCACUUACCCUUGACGAGAGUUACCGGUACUUGGGGGUGGGCGAUGGCUUCGACCAUGUGCAGCACCGCCUCCAGCUUGAGCCCAAGCUACAACCGAUCAGGCGGGAGGCGGUCGCGCUGAUGCAGUCUGGACUAGCAGUGAGGCAGGUGGUGAGGGCGUUGAAGACGUACGUUUACCCGAAGGUGGAGUACGCCCUUCGCCACCUGCGCCCGCUACAGUCGCAGCUCCAAGGAUUUGACUGCGCCGUCAAGCGUGGGUUGCGGCAUCUGCUGAGCCUUCCUCAUUCCGCCACCACGGAGUUCUUCUACACGCCAACGUCGGGUGGUGGGCUGGGCCUGCAGUCGCUGGUAGAGAUGCACCAAGCGCUGCAGGUGGCACAUGCGUGGCAGAUGUUGCACUCCAAGGACCCGGCGAUUGUUGCAGUUGCGAAGACCCAGGUGUGUCAGGUAGCGCGCAAGCGCUACCGACUGAUUGAAGACCACUGGGUGGGUCGAGAAGACGAGAUCAUCCGUCUGUUCCUGAACUCGGAGCUUGCGUCGUCUCUACAUGCUACUGUCAAUCGACGGUCCGGCGACAUUGCUUCUCUUUGGGUGGACGUAUAG